AUGUCCAUUGCCAAUAAAAUCACAGGCUAUACGCAAAUUCCCACAAAAGAUUGCGAUUUCACGUGGGUGAUAAAGGAUUUUCCGUUGUAUUGGCAGAAAAUCAAGGUAAACUUAAUGUCACCAGCAUUCAAUGUCGGUGGUGAUGAUCAAAUGCAGUUUGCAUUGAAAUUAAACAAAAUUAGUACACUUGGUGGUGCAGAUAAAGGAAGAUUAGAUCUACACCGCGUGCAGAAAUAUGCACAACCAUCAUGCAAGUACAAGAUAACUUUCAUCAAGGAUGAUAAACCUGUUCACGCUCAAUCCAUGAAGUAUACAUUUUCUACGACUGAUUAUGUGGUUCCAAUUCUCACCUUACAAAACAACGAAUUACUAGAAUUUAUUUCCUCCACUGGCACGGUAAUUAUUCACCUCGUGUUAUCAGUUUUCACUGGAGAUGAAAAGAAGUUCUUAAAAAAAGAAUCUGUUGAUACGAAUAAAGUUUUGGUGCCAAAAUAUAAUUUUGACUGGAUAUUUCUUAAUGAAAAUUUGAGUGAUUUUAAGUUAAAAACUGCUAGUGGAAAGGAAAUCCCAGCGCACAGGGUCGUACUCGCAAAUUUUAGUCCAGUAUUCAAAGCUAUGUUUAGCCUUGACAUGUUGGAAAAGAAAAGCCAAUCGGUUGAUAUGAUCGACAUUAGUUAUGAUGCUGCAGUCGAGAUGUUGCGAUACUUCUACAUAGGUACAAUAGAGAGUCGCAAAGUAUCAUUGAUUAUUGAUCUUUUAGUGGCAGCUGACAAAUAUCAAGUAGACGAGUUGAAAAACGAGUGCGAGAGAAUAUUGAGCUCACUGUUGUCACCUGAAAAUGCUGUGGAUAUUUUACAAGUAGCCGAUAAAUGUAACAUGAAAAAUUUGGAGAAAAACGCAGCUGAAUUGAUAAAAUAG